UUUCCUACCGACCACCCAACAAAAACCUUGAACCCAAAAACAAACAGUCCACCAUGUCCUCCAUGCGAGACGCCAUGCGGCGCCUCCAGAUUAUCUACGAGGCCUGCGCACCCGAACCAACCGCCCAAGAAACAACCCUAGACGAAUUCACACGCCUCAAAAAAAAGAUUCAUGGGGAUGUUAAGCAGGUUCGACAAGACCUAAAGGAACGGGAGGAGAUGAUGGCUGCUGGUGGGACUACGACUGAGAGUGCUGAAAAGAGUUAUCGGAUUCGGGUUGCGAUUAGGGGGGUUAAAGAGGGUGUUGCGCGUAUGGGUGAGAUUGUUGCAAAAGAGGAACGAAAGAAAAAAAAAGAUCCAGAGUCUGUACAGCGACUUGCUCAUCGACGUGAGAUCCUCGAACUCGCACAAAAACAUAUUGAGGAAGUCGAAAAUCUCGAGAAACGAAAGUUUAAUGAUGGGUAUACGGAAGCGCGGGUGGAACUUUUGGCUGGGAAUCGAGGAAAUCCUGCUUUCAGGGCUCGACCCAAUAAAGGCGCACCCGUAGAUGAAGAUUCCGUACCAGACCCAUUCACGACGACAGAGCUACCAGAUAUUGAUGUAGAAGAGGACCUAAAACGGAUUGGAGAGCGGAAUAAAAUGAUUGACCAAGAUUUGGAUGAUAUUGGGGCAGGUGUUGCGCGUCUAAAGGAUAUUGCAAACGAUCUCGGAAAUGAACUGGACCGCCAAAACGACGUCCUAGACGAGAUCGAAAGAGGUGUAGACACAGCAUUAGACAAGGUGGACAAUCUCAACAUUAAAAUGCGGAAAGCUGUCGACGGGGUCAUGAAAGGCGAUCGAUUCAUGGUGAAUUGCGUGCUCAUGUGUGUCGUAUUAGCGCUUGUAGCAUUUAUAGCGGGGCAAUUUGCUACGUAAUGGAAUGGGUGGAUAUUAUUCAUAUUAUAAUGGGUGGGUACAGUACUGUACUGUACUUGUACCCGGGAUCACGUCUUGUGAGUCAUUCGCUCCUUUCCCCCGUGAUACUCGGAACAUUCGGGAUUAUCCGGCACGCUUGUGCCACUCAUGUGACCUAUAG